AGAACCAGAUAAAUAAAACACGUAUAGUUUAAAGACGUGAAAAUGAGUUCUUUUAUUUAAUUUAUAUGUUUAUUAAGGUUUAAUACUCUAUGAAUCACUAAAAGUUUAAGUUAUUUCAAAAAUAAUACUACUUAUUAAUUUACUUCUUUAAAUUCAACAAACUUUCGAUUUUAUUUCAUUAAAGUUUAUCGAUCUAAUUUUGCUGAUUUAUCAAAAUUUAAAUUGAGAAUAUUGUUGGUUUCACCACAUAUUUUAUUAGAUAAGAAUUAAUCUGAUUUUUUAAUUUGUAACUUGCAAUCAAGUAACUGAGGCUCAACUAUUUUAAUCAAUCAAAUCUAACCUCUAUAAAACCAGAUCGAAUAACUCCUUCAAACAUAUACGAUUUGUUCAUCACACAGGCUUUAUUCAAAUAGGGAGUUAUUUGACAUGAGGUUAGAGAGUUUAGAAUCUAUUUGAUUAAAGUGGAUGUCUCGAUAAUAAUGAGUUAUUUGGCUUCGAGUCACAAGUUUAGAGAACGAAUUGAUAUUUUGCUCGUAUUUUAUUUAAAAAUUAAUACUAGCCUUGUUGACAUGUAAUUGAAUUGUGGGCUUGAAGAGUAUUAUCUAAAUAUUUUAACUUAAAUGACUGUAUCAGCAAAAUUAAAUUGGAAAUAAUUUUUUGAAAUAAAAAUUGAAAUUUGAUUGUCUUAAAUAAAUCAAUUUAUGUUUAGUAUUGUUUUCGAAAUAACUAACAAAUUUAGUAACCCACAUUGUAUUUGACCUGUUUAUUAAAAUGCUAAGUUCUUAUAUGUUUGUUCUUUAUUUGAAAUAAAGAUCUGAAUGUUCUUCAACAUCAUAAAAUUUGUUAUCUAUAUUGGAUUAAUAAUGAAUCUCUCUCGCAUGAAUUUUGAUUUUUGAGUCUAGGCAAUAAUACGGGACUGGAGGAAUAUAAUUGAUUUUGAAUAAGAUAAUAUUUCGAGUGUAAUAUUUACAUUCUGAAUUUUUUUAUUGAAUGUUGGGCUACUGAAUAUUGGAGCCUUAAAAAAUCAUAAUUCGUAUUAUAAAUAAUAUUGUUUUUCCUAAUUAUUAUAUUAAGUACUAUGUUAAAACAUAAAUUAUUAAUUUGAAUUUUUGUCAAAUGGAAAAAAAGUCAAUUUGAUGGUUAAAACCGAAAGUGUGGAAUUGGACGAUUUUACAACGUGAGGGUGAAAUCAAAAAGGGGUUAAAAAGUGAAAGGGUUUUAAGACAUUAAGUCUAAAUAAAAUAAAUUGGUAUAAAUGAAUUGAAUAAAAUUGUAUUAAUUAAUCACCAAACAUUUUGGCGCCAAAACGGAUGAGGUGUGCACCAUUUUACUGUACGAUCGGUUGCAUGUGAGCUAAUACAAUUAGGAGCGGUUACUGAAUCUUUCUGUUUAUAAGAAAGAGUGAGACGAGUUAACAAAAAUCUCACAACUCACAGUAACAAAAAUCUCACAAUAACCAAACCUGAGAGAACAUGAAGAUUAUAAGACUCUUCUCAAUCAUGAAUGAUAAAGAACAACCUUGUGAUGAUAACCAUACUGAAUCACAUCGGCCUUGUGAUGAUCAUUAUACUGAAUUGAAUGAUGAAGAACAACCUUGUGAUGAAGACCAUACUGAAUCGGAUAAGCCUUGUGAUGAAUCGAAUGAUAAAGAACAACCUUGUGAUGAUGACCACGCUGAAUCAGAUCGGCUUUGUGAUAAUCACCGUACUGAAUUGAAUGAUAAAGAACAAUCUUGUGAUGAUAACCAUACUAAAUCGGAUCGGCCUUGUGAUGCUCACCAUACUGAAUCGAAUGAUAAAGAGCAAUCUUGUGAUGAUGACCAUACUAAAUCGGAUCGGCCUUGUGAUGAAUCGAAUAAUAAAGAGGAGCCUUGUGGUGGAGAUGACAAUAAAAGGAAUACUAAUACGAAAAGGAAAGGAGGGACGGGUCGGGGUCUGCCAUAUCAGCGUAGGCCUUAUUCGGGAGGAAGAUGCACACACACGAACUGCAUCUUUUACUUCUAUUCGUUCAGCAGCAUGACAUACCAGUUUGACGGAACUCCUCCCCUUCAUACAAAUGCGGGUGACAUAGAGCACAGUCAUCCAACGCCUCAUGUGAACCGGCAGGCCAAAAAGCAUUUUUUUCAGCAGAUAGUUCGCAGCCACCGCCACCGUUGUUUGUAGAUGAGAAUUGGUUUCAUUUGAGUUGAUUUACAUCAUGGACCAUAUAUGUCAUUAGUUUAAUUGAAGUCUGUCGAUAUUGUUUACAUCACCAUGUGAUUAGUUUGUAGGAUUGAUAUCGUUAUUUUGUUUGGGAAUGUGGAACUGAUACAUUUGUAUUUGUUGACGAACAAUUUCGCACCCAUUCAAACCAAAGCAAUCGAUUGUUUGUGGUUACUUUGAUUGAAAA